GGAGGGAGGGGACGGGGCCUCAGCCACUCUGCGCCGUGGAGUGGUGCUGACGAGCUCGGCGGACGCUCUGCGCGGUGGUCAGUUGUUCCGGCGGUGGCGGAAAAAGGAAAGUGACGCCACAUGCAUAGCCCUGCGGCCUUCGGUGACAUUCUUUCUGGCGCUGGGGGCGCGGAGUGGCGUCCGCGCGGUUAAGACCCAGCUCCUUCCGGCCACCCAUGCCCCAGCUGUUACCCCCCUGGUGGAGGCUAGGAGAGGCCUUGCGGUGUCCAGGCUUCUGUAUUGCUGAAGACCUUGUCUAGUUCACCCAGUGUUCCAGACCAUGUGCUCCAUGCUUUGAGACCAGGAGGACCUUAGUGUUCUGAAAUGAAGAUGGAGACAGUGGGAAAAGCAGAACUUGUUGAUUCAGUUCCACCAAAGACUUCUGAAAAGCAAGAAACUGCUCCUGAUGAAGAUGGACCUAUAGAACUUGAGACACAAACUCAGAAAGACAACAUGCGUGCUGCAGCAGACUCAGUGGUGCUUUCUUCAAUGCCUUGCUUACUUAUGGAACUGAGGCGAGACUCUUCAGAGUCUCAGUUGGCAUCUACAGAGAGUGAUAGGCCAGUGGGUGGUCGAGUUUAUGAGAGUGACUCUUCUAAUCACUGCAUGCUUUCCCCUUCCUCCAGUGGGCAUUUGGCUGACUCAGACACAUUGUCUUCUGCAGAAGAGAAUGAGCCCUGUCAAGCUGAAGGUAUUGUAGAGGGAGACCUUUCUGCAGUGUCUGGGGCUGCAGUUGGGAGGAAAUCCAGGAGAUCCAGGUCUGAAAGUGAAACUUCAACAAUGGCUGCCAAGAAAAACCGACAGUCUAGUGAUAUGCAGAAUCAUCGAGCUACCAAGAUAAAAGGUCAUAGAAGUCAAAAGCACAAAGAAAGAAUCCGUCUCUUGAGACAGAAGCGGGAGGCAGCUGCUCGCAAGAAGUACAACCUGCUUCAGGACAGCAGUACCAGCGACAGUGACCUGACGUGUGACUCAAGCACGAGCUCAUCAGAUGAUGAAGAGGCUUCAGGGAGCAGCAAGACAAUCACUGCAGAGAUACCAGCGGAGUUAUACGGUGUUCUGUUUGGAAGUGUGGAAGAUACAAGAGUGGAGCUACAGAUAACAAGUUUAUGCUUGUAUUUCCUACUGAUGAAGACUUUCACACAAGUUAUUUCUAUGGAUGGACCUCCAGUUAUAGCUCACUAUGAUAUAUCAGACACAAACUCAGACCCAGAAGUGGUAAAUGUGGACAAUCUGUUGGCAGCUGCAGUAGUUCAAGAGCACAGUAAUUCUUUAGGAAAUCAAGACUCAGGAUCUACCUGGAGAACCAGAGGGCUGCUAGAUGAACUGAGUGCUGAUACAGGUUUGGUUAAAUUCUCUUCCUCUGACAUUUGUUCCAACAUCUCAGUAGGUCAUUUGGAUCCAGGCUUCCUUGCAGGUGACAAAAUAUCUUUAAGUAAUGCCCAGAUCAAUGAAGAAAUUAAUAUCGCCUCUUCUGAUAGUGAAGUAGAGAUUGUUGGAGUUCAGGAACAUGCCAGGUAUGUGCAUCCCAGGGGAGGUGUGAUUCAGAGUGUGUCAUCUUGGAAGCAUGGCUCAAGCUUACAAUAUAUUAACACUCAGCAAACACAAUCAUGGGCAGCAGUGACUCCCCAACAGAACUGGACUUCACCUCCAGAAGUAGUAGACCUCACUUUGGAUGAGGAUACAAGACGCAAAUAUCUACUGUAAUGCAUCAUCCCUUUGUUUCUGUCCCCACCCCUUCUCCCCUUUUUGGCACAGAAGUUCAUUGUUAAAGCUUCAACUUCAGAAGCUCCCUUCUUGGCUUUACGAAAUUCAAACUCAUGAUCUUUUUAAUUUCCAUAAGAAUGUAGUAUGAUUUCAAUAUAAUUUAGAAUGGUUUUGCCUUUUCAAAGAAGGAUUCCUCCCAGAAUUAAAAUCUAAUAGCACCAAAUUUAAAACACAUCUACAGUUUCUAAUAUGUGCGUGUUAAUCUGAAGAAAUAACUGUGUGCAGACUUAUGUCCACCCACCCUUUCUCACCUCCAAUUUCAGAACAUUUUUAAUUUAUCAGUAUAUUGAGUUUGUUAGUAGAAGUUAGUGUUUUGCUGUGUGAGCAUCAGUGAUUUUGAGAAAUGCUGUGUCCUCACUGAUUUCAGUGGAACUAGGGGUAUUCAAUACUUCUGAAAAUUGGGCCAAGAGUAUUUUUACCCAAGCUGAUUUGGAUAUUUUACCAGCAGGAGGGACUGUCCUUAAUGCAAACGGCCCAUAACAUAUGCACUGAACAGCUUUUAUUUUAAGCAUUUUUAUUUUCAAUAUAAUUUAUAGUUUGCACUCUUCAGUUCUGAGUAUUCUAUCUGACUACUGUGUUUCACUGAUCAUUUACCAUGUCUUGUUAUGGUUUAAAAUAGUAAUAGCAGUGACUUAGUAGCAGAUGAUUAUGGCAAAAGCACAGGAAAAAGAAAAGUAAUAAAAAGGCCCAGCAUCCUUCUGUUUUUUAAAAAGAGCUGAAUUUUUUUGCCUAAAUCAGAGUCUUGCCUGGAGUAGAAGGAGAGAAAUGAAACAUUUUGCUCGCAGUCCUCAUUUCUACUGUUGCUUAUUUGCUUCAUUCACCAUCUCAAAAAAAAUCCAACGCCAAACAAAUUCCAAAACACUAGUCUGGCAAAGCACUUUAGCAGACGUGUAACAUUCAGCAAGGACAGUUUGCUGAAACUAGAUGGACCAUUGAAGUGCUUAAAACUUCGUCCUAAAAGGUGUUACAGGAUUAGAACUUAAGUCUGAGAUUUUUUUAAUUUUUUUUUUUUUAAUAUAUCUGUACUAUUUUCCUGGCUUUAGGUCAGGUUUCUUAUACUAGUUUUGGAAUUGUUUUUUCAGAUAUGAUUCAGGAAACACUUUCUACCAGAAUAUUUACUGAAAUCAGCGAAACUACUUACUUUAGCAGUCUGUAUUUUCUGUAGUGUAUAUGGAAAUUCUUGCCACUCACCUGUCAUUUUGAGCCUUUCUCAAGGCAAAAACUAAAGAUUAUACUUUACAAGAUUAUAUUCACUUUAAAUGUCUAUUUUGCAAUUAAAACAUUUAUUUGUAUUCCUGUUGUUUCUAGUGGGAAUUUUGUACAGCUCUAUCAUCAGAUUUUCUGCCAUUUGAGGCUGAACAGGCAGUAAUGAGGACAUGGGAAGUUCUGCUUUCUUUUUGUGUUGGCUGGUUUAUAAAUGUUAUUUGGCUUCCAAUAAUUUUAUCUGCAGGCAAAAACAACAACAAAAAAAAAACAGAACAACUCAGACUGCACUUUAAAAAACAAUUAGGUAAGGGAUUGAUAUUCCAAUUUCAAGCUUUCUAAAACAUUGAAUAUAAGCAUAUUGCAUGGCCAGAAAAAUGUAUGUGGUGCUUCUAGUGACUGAUUUCUUUCUCUGGGGGAAGGAAAGAGGUAGGGAGGGGAGUGUGGAUGGAGCCCAUUCACACUACAGUAGGAAAAAGUCCCAUGCUAUUUGGGCACUAUAAUCAGUAGUGGCUGUCGAUCUUUUCUCCUUGCAUUUUAAUCACACAACUCAGCCAUUAUUUUAGUGGGCUAGCACACAUUUUGCAAUAGUAACUUAAACAGUGACAUACUGUGGCUGCUUUUUUCUGUUUCACAAAGUCUUUUGAACAUGAGUUGUGAAGAAAGUUGCAGAAAUCCAUUUAUAGUCCUUCUAUGAAAAAUGCAAGCUAAUGCUCUUGUUUUUCAGUUUGUAUAUGAUAUGACUUCCAUGUAUAUAUAAAAACAACUGCGUCCUAACCAAGCUUACUCCAAUUGUGGACUGUGUUUGUGUUUGUUUAAACAAUUCAUGUAUUGUAGUCUGAUGCAAGUUUUCUUUUAUUUAAAACACUACAUAUUUUUUCUUAUUGUUGAAUUUGAAAGGGUGAUGAGUAAUCUGAAAACUGCAAUCACUGGAUAGCUAGGAAGUUGUUUGGUUUUCUUUUUUUUUUUUUUUUAAUAAGAGCAAAAGGUGCCUGUGCGAUUUUGCUCUUCUCAGCAGGAAAGAGAAAUGAUUGCCAUUGUACGGCUAAGAACCAAUGCACUUGGGCCUGAUCCAAAACCCAUUGGAGUUGAUGUGGGACUUUCCAUGAACUUUAGUAUGCAUUGGCCCAAGCCCUUCAGGGUUUAGCAGUUCCUGAAUUGCUGGAGUGUGAAUUUGGAAUCUUCUAUAGUGAAAACAAAUCAUUGCUUAGAAUAUAAAUAUUUAAAACAUGCAACUCUAGUUAAAAAUUCUAAAUUGUUCUCAGCAAUCAUUAUUUAGUUCUCAUUUUUCAUCUAGUAUUUAAUGGUCUUUGAAGAAAAAAUAAUAAUAAAACAGAGUGGUUUAUAUAUAUAUAUAUUUUUUUUUGGUGCAAAAUAAGACCUUCUGUUUUUUGAAACAAGUCUGUAGCAUAAAGGUUAAACUAUUUAAAGACAAAAUAAAAUGGUGUAUUAUUUAAAUAAUAUAAAUUUGUUUGGGAUUUUUUUCCACUUUCAUCAAUCUGCUUUGUCACAUCUCCAAACUAAAGCCCUAAGGUCUGGGUUACAACUGACCAAAUUCAGCACUUUUCCCCACUCUAAUGUGUUUAAUUUUGCACAUUUAGAAUGUAAAAGUGAUUUCCUGACUGCAAAAGAGUGCUUUUAUCUGUCAGACCAGGGCAGGACUAUCACUUCUCCCUGUAACACUGGUGGAGGAUGUCAGGGGAUGUGCAGGUACCAGUAGCAAGCAGAUGCUGCCCAUCAUAGAGCCAUACAAUGGUUUGGGUUGAAAGGGGCCUUAAAGACAGUUGGCAGGGACUCUUCCACUAAAUCAGGUGGCUUCAAGCCCCAUCCAAUCUGGCCUUGAACACUGCCAGGAAUUAAACAGCCACAGCUUCUCUGGGCAACCUGUGCCAGUGCCUCACCACCCUCACAGUAAAGAAUUUCUGUCUAAUAUAUAAUAUAAACCUGCCCUCUGUCAGUUUGAAGCCAUUCCCCCUUGUCAUAUCCCUCCAUGCUCUUAUCCAAAGUCUCUCUCCAGCUCUCUUGUAGUCCCUUUAGGUACUGGGAAGUGCUCUAAGGUCUUCCCAGAGGCACCUUCUCCAGGCUGAACAACCCCAACUCUCUCAGCCUGUCUCCAUAGCAGAAGUGCUCCAGGCCUCUGAGAAUCUUUGUGACCUCCUCUGGACUUGCACCAACAGGUCCACAUCCUCCUUAUGUUGGGAGCCCAUUGUGCUCUGCAGGAUUCCUUUUAGGCAUGUGGUUUCUGCACAGCGUCCAUGUCCCCACACAUGGCAGUCCUUAAGGUGUCUGAGCAACUUUCACACCAGUAUUUCUCUGACUGUAUCCCCUUGUCCCAUUCUCCUAGCUUUCAAUGAGCUCCUAGCUGGUCAAUGAGAUCAAUGUCACACUCAGAUUUUCUCACACAGACAGAUAGUGCUGACAAGCUCAGACCUACUGUCAUUUGAAAUGGAUAUGUAAACUAGCUAUGAAGCUCUGGGCAGGUCCUUGCAGACCACAAGAGGUGGUGCCAGGCUGAACUGCAUUUGAUUACCACUAAAUUAUACCACCGAAUUUACAGCUACAAGUAAAGAGAAGGAUAGUAAGAAUAACUGCUGUGCUAAACUUGGGGUCCCACUGCCUGCCAGUCCUCUCACAGGCAAUAUGGAAAUAGCAAUAAUAAUAACAAUAAUAAUAACUCAUUACAUUUACAGCUAAAUAGGGAGUUUGCUUCAGUUCUGAUGUUUUUAUCCUGUGAGAAGGCUCUCAGUGGUGAGAGGAGAGGCAUUUAUCCAUGUAUUUUAAAUAUCAAGAUGGGUAAUGAGAGUGAAUUGAGUUGGUUUUCAGCCCCACUGAGUUCUUGGCUUUUGUGAAGCUUGAAAAUACAAAUUCUGGGUCUGGUGGUGGUUAUGGAGGUGGACACCAGACUUGGAUUUUAUUUCAUAUAUAUCACCAGCUGAGGGAAAACAUUGCUGUGUAGUUUGGUGCAGAUGUGGGAAGAGGAGAGCUGACACAUCUCCUGAAUUUUUUUUUCCACCAGCAAGACAUACUCAUUGUCUUUAGACUUAAGGAUACAUUGAAUGGAAAGCUUAAAAUUUCUCUUGCAGUACUUGGCACCUUGUGGCUCAGGCCACUUUGCCUUUAUGUAGGAGCCAUGUGCCUUUGGGGGAAUUGUCAUUUCAGGGGCAAAAUAAGAACUGAUAAAAACUACCCAAAGAGGUUAGAUUUUGUAUUGUUUUCUCCAGUGAAUUUGUUGCAAUGCAGAGUAAUUUUGUGGCUGAAAAUGUAGUUUGUCUGCCUUGAAAUGGGGACUGAAAGCUUUUUAUUAAGUGAAUGAAUUCCCCAGUUCCCUGGAGAAUCUGUAAAUUGUGUCUGUUUCUGAGUGCAUCGCCUCCAUUUGCUGAAAUACUAC